AUGUAUAUAACCUUGGAAAGGGUAACACGCUCAGCUAUAGAUCCAUCAUCACGAAAUGGCGUUGAUGAGGCGUCAGAAUUGCCAGAAAAACCGAAAAUAUUUGACGAGAGUGAUAAAGAAAUUGUUGGCGUCGCCGGCCCAUACAUCGAAGACACCAGUCUCAGACUUACCUGUGUUGUAAGUGGAGGUAAACCCAUGCCACGCGUUCGCUGGUGGCGCGGGGACAAAAUGGUGUCAAAACUGGAUCCAAUCGAAGAUGGUUCUCUACUCAGUACAUUAGAACUAAAGAUACCAAAACUCAAAAGGGAGUACUUUGAGGCUGUGUACACAUGCGCUGCUGAUAAUACUGCGCUGGUGCCGCCGUUGCGAGUCAAUGUGCAGAUCCAAUUGUAUCUGCGACCUCUACUCGUGGAGAUUUUGUCCAGAGAACAGCCACUAUCUGUUGGUAAUGAAGCUGAAUUAGCUUGCAGAGCAAUUGGUGCAAGACCACCAGCUGUGAUCACAUGGUGGCUUGAUAACAAGGAAAUGACGGUCACUGACCCACAAAAGGAUUCAGAAGACCGUAAUGAAACAAUAUCAUUUCUUCGAUGGACACCUCGUAUGGAGGACGAUGGUCACACUCUCAAAUGCCGUGCUACGCACUCUAAACUCGAACACGCUACUCUUGAAACGAGUAUAAAACUGGAUUUACAUUUUAUGCCGAUCGUGACGCUACAGUUGGGGUCCAAAAUGAACCCUAAUGACAUAGAAGAAGGCGAUGAUGUCUAUUUUGACUGCAUUGUAAAGGCCAACCCACCUGCGUAUAAAGUUGUAUGGGAACAUAAUGGCCAAGUGAUGACACACAACCAGCGCGCGGGAGUGAUUGCUGGCUCUGCACAUCUGGCGUUGCAAGGUGCGUCAAGAGAACAAGCUGGGAAAUAUGUGUGCAUCGCUUCCAAUGUGGAAGGUGACGGGCGGUCGGAACCUGUUAAUUUACAGAUACUAUAUAAACCAGUGUGUAAAAACCCAAUUAAUGCAAUUGUGGGUGCUGCCAUCAACGAAGCUGCUAAGGUGACAUGUGAAGUGGACGCAUUUCCACCACCUAAAAACUUUCAAUGGGUCCUUAACAACACUUCGGCAACAAAGGAGCUUGAUGCUGGUAAAUUCACAGUUGGGCCAGGACGAUCCGUACUAACAUUUAUUCCAACGGCUGAAACCGAUUACGGAUCUCUAUCUUGUCGGGCUACGAACCUGGCUGGCCAGCAAAUCGAACCAUGUAGAUACACCCUUCUUCCAGCCGUCAAACCAGAUCCACCUACGAACUGCUCAGCAAGGAAUUUGACGGAUGAUUCUGCGGAACUGCGUUGUGCUGCUGGUUACGAUGGUGGUCUACAAACUAUGUACUUCGUGGAAGCAUGGGCUGCAGGCGAGCUAAUCGCCAACGUAUCAACGAUAACUCCUGUCUGGAAGCUUCAAGGCUUGGGCUCUGAGACAGCUUUGAAGCUGGUUUUCUACGCAAGUAACGCACGAGGCCGAUCUGAAGUUAAUACGAUCAGAGUGCAUACAUUGUCAAGACUUGCCUUACACACAGAGGCGAAAAGCAACCACGUCGGUGUUGAUACCAGCUGGGCCCUCGGCAUCAUUGCAGGCAUCAUAGGAACACUUGCAGUACUGGCUGCUCUGGCUUUACUCGCGAGGAAACGGCAUAGACCGCUUCAGUAUGAAGCACCGGUACAAACAGUAAAGGCGUAUAAAGGAUCAAUGCAAAGUGCGAAUCACUCACCCAUAGGAGACGACAAGAACCCGGACGUAGUUCCUCUAGGAAAGGACUUCAACUGCACGAGAGAUUGUGAACGACCACCUGAACCGCCACCUUACGCUGCAGUUGUCUCGCCACCGGUUGGUUCAUCCCGUAGCGCACACAGCUUGCACGAUACCAGAUCAAAUACACCCCAUACACCGAACACGCCAGCGUCUGAUGCUCAGAGCAUCGGAACAUUGGCUGAUGACCGGAGAAGUGUGACAAGUGGAACUCUCUCCCGGCGGAGAGAAGUUGUCACGACGAGGACUCCUCUACUGGCCAACGCUAGAGAGAGUUGUGUAUAA